GCUUGGCUUAAUCUGCAGAGAGAGAGGCGGAGGCGGAGAGAGCGGGAAGCCAAGCACGCCCGGCCGGGGAAGGAGCCGCUACUCGCUCGAGCGCUUGCCGAGCUGACGGAGAGCCGGGAUACCCUGGACAGCGCCUCGCCGCGCCUCCUCGCCUUUCCCCUUCUGCAGCCGAGCGCGCCCCGCCGCCUUCCCGCCCAGAGACUCCCUUCGGCGGCGGCGACAUGGAACACCUGAAGGCAUUUGACCAUGAAGUAAAUGAGUUUGUGGACUAUAUGUUUGGAGCUAGAGGCAACUUAAAGAGCUUAAACAAAAUAUGGUGUGACGCUAGAAACGUGAAUAGGCAAAAUGCUUUGUUGGAUCCCAGGGUCAGAGGAUGGCUCAUGCUGGAUUCUUACUUGCCCACUUUUUCCCUCACUGUUGCGUAUCUUCUCUUCAUAUGGCUGGGUACCACAUUUAUGAAGAACAGGCCUGCUCUGUCACUCAGGGGUCUUCUCAUCCUAUAUAACCUUGGAGUCACCAUGCUUUCGUUUUACAUGCUUAUAGAGCUAAUUCUUGCCACUUGGGAAGGAGGUUAUAACUUACAAUGUCAAAACCUGACCAGUGCAGGAGAAGCCGACAUCCGGGUGGCCAAGGUGUUGUGGUGGUAUUACUUCUCCAAAGUCAUCGAAUUUGCUGACACGAUGUUCUUUGUUCUGCGGAAGAAAAACAGUCAAAUUACUUUCCUUCACGUUUAUCAUCACGCCACUAUGUUUAACAUCUGGUGGUGCGUCAUGAACUGGAUACCUUGCGGACAAAGUUUCUUUGGACCCACCUUGAACAGUUUUAUCCACGUCCUCAUGUACUCCUACUAUGGGCUGUCCGUCAUUCCAUCCAUGCGCAAGUAUCUGUGGUGGAAGAAAUACCUCACUCAGGCACAACUGAUCCAGUUUUUGCUCACCAUUACACACACGCUCAGUGCAGUUGUGAAGCCAUGUGGAUUUCCAUUCGGUUGCCUCAUCUUCCAGUCUUCAUACAUGGCCACACUGGUCAUUUUGUUUGUUAACUUCUAUGUUCAGACAUAUCGGAAAAGACCUUCAAGAACCAAUACAAAAGAGGCCUCUCUGGUCACAGAAGUCAGGAACGGGUUCCAUAAAGACUACAUAAUGGCAGCUAAUGGUGCUCUGAACAAAAAAGCACAAUAAGAAAUAUAUUUUAUUAUACUGUAGUGUACAAAAUCCUUUUUUCUUUUGCUAAAGCCCCCCAAAACAUGAGUUGACCAGGCAGUCGUGCACAGCUUUAGUAUGAGAUUUGACUCUGUUUCGUUAACAUUUAGCAAUUUUUACUCCCUUGUUUAACUCACAAUUGAUAACUUGUUUUUAACAAUGUAGUUUCAAACGUUUUGAUAAAUACCUCCAUUGAAAUGGUGAGGACAUGCUGUCUCUUUCACCCAGCCAAAACAAAGCCACAUUUUGUAAAUUUUAAGUGUGGGCAGAAUGCCUGACAAGAGUUGUUUCUUGGAAUAAUGAAGGUAUGGGGUGGUGGGUGCUUUGAACAAAAUCCUGCCUAUUGAAACCAGCGGCAGGUUCACAGGUAUUAGUUGUGCAGACAUACAGUAUAUAAUCUGUCUUAGGAAGAAGUGUGUGUUUUAAUAUGUUUGCAUGGUGACACUAAAAUUGUUUCCCCCUUGGAUUCCAGGAAAAAAAGUGACUUGUAUACUAAAAAGCUUUGUUAUUAUCUUCACGGGGAUAAAGAGAGGUAGGAGGAUUACUCCUAUUCCAAGUUCUAGCAAGAGGCAGUGUAAGGUGCUACAGAAUUUCCUCCAACUUCACGUGCCAACUAAGAACAUCUGAACUGCAUUGUCCACCCUGAAACCAUCCAAAUGCUGGUGUACCUGCUGCCACCCUUUAAAAAUGUGCUGCAACAGGUAUACCAGCUGCAGAUCACCUUGCAGAAAAUGUGUUUGGGCAUAACCCGUUAUGCUAAGCAGCGAUGGGUCACGUGACAGAGCCGACUGCAACCUUGCUAUUGUCUUUUUUUACCCUUCACAAUGCUUCCUUGGCUCACCAAGAAAGGUAUGGUUUAUAUCCAGCCCCCUGGUUUUAAAUCUGUGUGAC